GCGACUACGGUUGCAGUCUCAGAUUGAUAUCAUGCGCCUGUAAGCGCAUAGAGAGAUUGGCCGGACUAUGUCGGCUGUUUAUCAGAUUGUGUGCGAUGGCGCAAUUGCUCGGGUGAGGUAAGCGUAUCCUCGCACUGGCAUGAAUCACUGAGUGCCGCUUCCAAAGGAUUCCUUUAAGUAAUAGGACCUUCCCUCUUUGUUCUUUUACUUUCUUAUCCAGCAGUUCAAAUACUUUCCUUCCCUUUCAACCACUAGCUUCUACCCAACCUUAAGCUACCACGACAUCCACGCAGAACACUGCAAGACACUGCUUUUACAUUGAAAUCCUCCACCUCCAUCACGUCAACUACAGCCACCAUGGCCCCAGGACUUGUCGAACCCCAAUUCCAAUCCGUGGACGCCCCCACCUCCACCCUCACCCUCAAGCAAACCGUCAAGUCCAACAAUGUGCAUGGCUAUGUCCCCGGACGAACCACUGUUCAGAAGCAUGAUGAGACAUACGAGUACGAGGAUCUACGACCACGUUACCCUGACAUCACCUGGCCAGCAUACCAAGAUGUCCCUUACGUCGAAAAGGGCAAGCUAGGUGAUCCAAACUUCAAGCACCUGCUUGCUUCGGCAACCGAUGUCUUCGACUACAAUCCCAAGAUCGGUACCGAAGUACAUGGCGUCGACCUCGCCAACCUUACCGACCUGCAGAAGAAUGACCUAGCGCGGCUCAUCUCUACGCGUGGCGUCGUCUUCUUCAGAAAUCAGAAGAACUUGGGCAUUGAUGAGCAGAAGGAGCUUGGCAAGUACUUCGGCAGUCUACACAAGCACGCAACAACAGCAGUGCCGAAACGUGAGGGUCUAGAGGAUGUCCAUGUUAUCUUCACAGGAGAAGGAAGCCCGGAUAUGCGGGCCUUGUUCACGCCUACGUUCCUUUGGCACUCCGAUGUGACAUAUGAGAAGCAGCCUCCCUCGUACACCUCCCUCAAAGUGCUCACUGGCCCACCCCGUGGCGGAGGUGGCGACACCAUCUGGUCCUCGCAAUACGCAGCCUAUGAUAUGCUCUCGCCGUACAUGCAGAAGUAUCUCGAGUCCCUCACAGCACUUCAUUCCGCCGAAUUGCAAGCUCAAGGCACACGAGAUCUUGGCCGCACUGUCAGGCGUGAGCCUAUCACUACCGAACACCCUUUGGUUCGCACAAACCCCGUUACUGGGUGGAAGGGCAUCUUCUUCAACCCCGGAUUCGUCACAAAGAUCGUAGGCGUCCCCAAGACAGAGUCGGAUCAUAUCAUCUCGCUCCUCAACGAGAUUGUCGCUACGUCUCCUGAAAUACAUGCACGCUUCCAAUGGCAAGCAGGAGAUGUAGCCUUCUGGGAUAACAGAUCAACCAACCAUUCUGCAUCAUACGGCUUCGCACCACACCGACGCCACGCUGUCCGAGUUGCCGUCCAGGCUGAGAAACCAUACUUCGACCCCAACAGCAAGUCGCAAGAGGCUGAGUUGAGUGAGAAGUAUAGCCUCCCCAAGGCAAACAAGGACGGCAGUGGAGUAGUAAACUACAACGAUUGAGUGAGCAACUGCAUGCCUUUUCCUUGCUCAGCAUAUGGAAUGGCAACUUCACCUUUGUUUGUUUUGUUCAGACUCAUGAUUUGACCUGACCACGUGUUUGGUCCUGCGUAUUUAGCGAGCGAGUUCUUAGGUACACACACCUACAUCAUGAAUAUAUACGAUUAUAAUCACUUCCGUCUUUACUUUUAACUGUAUACU